AUGAAUCGCUGCUGGGUCCAAGCUACUUUCCGUCUAUCAAACGGCACUAAAAACUCAUCAGAUACUGCCAAAUUGGACCAAUCUGAGGAGCAUGAAAGAAAAGAGGUUGUUGAUAGUAGUACUGACAUUGACAUAUCCGAUGGUCUUGCAAUGGAAAUGUUCGGAGCCUCCCCAUCUAGCCAUGAGAUGAGCGAGUUUAAGCUAAGGGAUUCUGUUUUCAAAAUCAAACUUUUGUCCAAAGAAUAUCAACGCACUUGCAAAUAUACGGGGUUGAUGCUAUGGGAGUCAGCUCGGUUUAUGGCUUCUGUUCUUGACAGGAACCCAAACAUUGCUUCUGGAAAACGGGUAUUGGAACUGGGUUGUGGCUGCACAGGAAUUUGCUCCAUGGUAGCUGCCAGAUCAGCUAACCUUGUAGUAGCUACCGAUGCAGACACAAAGGCACUUACACUAUUGACGGAGAACAUCACAAUGAAUCUCCAAUCUUCUUUACUUGGGAAACUGAAAACAGGUUUACUUGAGUGGGGAAACAAAGAGCAUAUAGAAAGCAUUAAAGGUUUAGCUUCUGGAGGAUUUGAAGUUAUCAUUGGGACAGAUGUUACUUAUGUUGCUGAAGCCAUUAUACCUUUGUUUGAAACUGCAAAGGAGUUGAUCUUGCAGAAAGUGGAGGUUGUUGAGGAGAAGCCAGCAUUGAUUCUAUGCCAUGUUUUCAGAAGGGUUGAUGAACCUUCUCUCUUGUCAGCUGCGUCCAAGUUUGGGUUCAAGCUUGUAGACAGAUGCGCUAUGAAUUCGAGGGAGUCUCCCCUUGGAAACAUCGCUGACCGUUGGUUUUAUGAAAAUGAUUUGGUCGCUGAGAUCUUGAGUUCUGCUUUGCAUAUUCUCUACUUUCAGAUGGAGUAG